AUGUCUAUUCAGUAUUUGGAUCUAGAAGGCGGUGCCAAUAAUAACAGCGCCAAUCCCUUUGAUUUCUUGGCACCUGAAAACAAUGAACAGCAACUCUGGGCAGAAGUGUAUAUAAAACAAUUCCCAGAUGCCUCGGAGUUUGAGGAAAUGACUCCCGAAGAACAGCGUGAAAUCGUCGCCGAACUGCGGGAUGAGGUCGAACUCCUCGAAGAAGAAGCAAACGUGAUGGUCCAUCAAGCAGAAAACUUGCGAAUCCCACGAACUCAAGGAUUAGGAGGAGGAGGCCUUAAUAAUAAUAAUAACAAUACCACUACCGCAGCAGCAGCCAUUCCCUCCUCCACGAGUACUCGUAAAUCCGUUUCCGCAUUUCUUCCCUCGGAGAAUCCAGCGGCGGCAACAGACGAGAGUACGGCGAGUGAGUCCGCCAUUGCGGUGAGUUCCGAGAGCGCGGCCCCGUCGCUGCCCAACAGUGUCCGCCGCGGACAGGCCUACAGCCGCAAGUCUGUGGACACCGGUGAUUUGUACGUCACCCUGGAGGAUCGCGUCACACUUCUCAUGAGGGAACGGGAUCGAAUGCGGCAGCAGAGAGAAAGAGAUGAGCGGGAAGGCGAUCAUCUGCGGGAGUUGUUAAAGGCAACAGUGGAGGAGGCGGUGAGUCGAACACAGGAACUGCGAUUAGAUAUUCUGCAGUUUAAUCGGGAGGUAUUGAAUGAGGGAAGUGAUACCGCCUCUUCCGAUGAUCUCCUGCGGUAUAUGGAAAGACGUUUUAAUGCCCAACGGAAGUAUUUAGAUAAAUUGAAUGCCCAAUCCGCCGCAGCAGAGCGAAGUAUUUUGCAAUCACAACAACAUUUACGUCAACGGCAUGCCGCAGGAGAGGCAUUUCACGCAAUUGAUUUUGAACAACUACGUAUUGAAAACCAACAGUUUACAGAACGUAUUGAACGAAAAAAUUUGGAAUUAGUAGAAUUAAAAGGAACCUCCACCCGUACCGUACAAACACUAAAUACACUCAUGGAUACAUUAAACGCCCUCACCGCCGAACAAAAUCGUCUGCGUAAAGAUUACAAAUCCCGUUGUGAAUAUUUGGCUCGAUUACAACGUGAAGUGGAUGCCGUUGCCCAUGAAGCUGAUAUUGCAGAAAGAAAGAAUGCGGUAAUAAAGGCCCAACAUGAGGCAGUAAGAGUUCCAAAGAUUGAACACUAUGUGGCUCAAAAAGCAGAAGAAUAUGAAUUAAGACGGGCAGAGAGAAAUUGGAAACGUAAAGUGGAAAUUGCAGAAGGACAACUUGAACUCACACAACAGCAAAUACGUGUAUUGGCCCGUGCUACGGAUUCCACUCGAGGACGAGGUAAACGCAUGCCUAGACGUCGUAUCACCAACACAACGGGAAGUUCAUACACAAAUAGAUCUUCUCAAAUCAGUACAGUUACUGCAGUCUACACAGAUGCUGGUGCGGAACCCGAAAAAUCAUCACCAAGUGGUCCACCAUCUAUUGAGGCUGAGAAGGCACUUCUGGGUUUGAAAAAGAGUCAAUCAAUGUAA